AUGUCCAACGAUAAGCCUCCAUCAGCCCUAUCUAUUCCGCAGUCUGUAACAAACUUGUCAAAUAACUCACCUCGCUCCUUGGGAACAUCUAUUCUUAACGGCUCCCACACCGGUCCCAAUUCCGCCAACGCUUCUUCAUUAAGCAAGUUGAACACACCUCCCGGGAACAACGGGCCACCUCAGCAACACGCUCUUCCGAACCCCAAUAUCCCUUCCCCACAACAACAACACCCCCAAUCGUACCCUUCUCACGGCCCCCAGUUCUCGCCGUACGGAAACGAUAACUCGGGAUACAUGCAGUCGCAAAGCCAGCCACCAUAUAUCGGUGUUGACUUUCAUCAGCAUCAUCUUUCUCAGGGGCAGCCUCCUACACCGCAGACUGCGACAUCUGGAAGUAACAUGAACUUCCCUCCUCAACCUCCUGUUCUUCAACCGAACUAUAACCAACCCCACCACAAUGGUUUCCCACCAUUCCAAUUUCCCGCCCCCAAUGGAGUCUCCUCUCCUGCUGGGCAACCCGGUGUUUCGGGGCCAAUGGUACAUCCUACACAGCAGCUGUUGCCAUUGCCACAGAACACCCAGCUAACCCCCAGCCCAUCACCACUAACUGCUGUAUCUGCGGGAGGUCCUCAAACACCUGCAUCUGCUACAGCGGCUGGUGGCUUUGGUAACCAAACCUUUGACACCACCGGUCAGCACGCACCCCCUGGAAUGAAACCCAGGGUUACUGCAACGUUGUGGGAGGACGAGGGCAGCUUAUGUUUCCAAGUAGAGGCGAAGGGUGUAUGUGUGGCGAGGCGAGAAGAUAACCAUAUGAUAAAUGGUACAAAGUUACUGAACGUGGCUGGAAUGACCCGAGGAAGACGUGAUGGAAUCCUCAAGAGCGAGAAGGUUCGCCAUGUAGUGAAAAUUGGGCCAAUGCACCUUAAGGGAGUAUGGAUUCCAUUUGACCGUGCAUUGGAUUUUGCCAACAAAGAGAAGAUCACGGAACUAUUGUAUCCUCUCUUUGUGCACAACAUUGGUGCUCUGCUCUACCACCCUGCAAACACUCACCGAACCCACGCGGUGGUGGCUGCUGCCGAGCGUCGCAAGCAAGACAACCUGCAGAACCAGAUGCAGCAACAGAGAAGGGGUCCUUCGGAACUCAUCUCCUCACCACACCCCCCUCCAUUGCAUCAUCAUCAUGGUAUGCAAGGCGGUAUGCAGCAGCCUCACCACCUUGCUCCCCAUAACCUGGCUCAAGGACCUCACCAGAUCAACAGCCGACCGGGUAUUGAGCGGAGCCUGUCAUUCCCCACACCCCCAUCAAGUGCAUCAAGUGUAAUGGGCGGUGUCAAUCCCGAUGGCUCAUUUUGGAAUGGGGGAAAUAUGGUUCAAGGAGGACCUGGUAGUCAGCCAUUGGCAAUUGACACUGUUAUGAACAGUCGUUCUAUGCCAACCACACCAGCGACAACCCCUCCCGGCGGUGCCAUACAGCAACUACAGUCGUAUCCACCACCACAAUAUGCUUCAGGGAUACCACAGAACAACCCCAUUGCGCAGCAGAAUAUGCAGAGGUUUGGACAGCCCUUGCCCCAACCAACUCAAUACAUGAACCAGAACCGGGAAGCUAGCAACAUGGGACCACCUCCUACAGCUCGUGGACCUCCGGCAUCACUUUCCAGGCCGUCGUCGAGGCAGAACAACGCGGAGGAGGUACACCCCAAGGAAGAAGGCGGUGAGGAACAAAAUGGAUUAGAACAGGAAUACACUCACGAUGCCAACAACUAUCCCGGUGGCCAUCGUUCCGGAAACAACUACUACCCUCCUCUCAACGCUGACCAUGCUCCCCAUCUCUCCCCAGAGAUUAACGGAUCACCCAACCAUGGUGGACAGGCACCGUCAACUCCGGUUCGAUCAUAUGGCACUGCAAGCGGCAAUGUUCCCCGAACAAUCGAUGGUGGUUCCGGCGCUACUCCACGCACCGCCCCUACAGCGUCUCAAUCGCAAUGGGUUCAAAACCCGCACGGAUACUCAACCCCACCUCGGGCUGCCACUAACGGUGGACGCCAAGCACCGCCCCAAAGGAAUCUCUAUCAAUUGGUGAGCGGUGACGCUGCUGCUGACCAGCACAAUGGAUCAAAUGGGGCUGGUGCUCCUGAUAGUGGUUACCCGGGUCAAGGUCUAGGUGUUUCCAUCCCUGCACAGACACCCCAGCAACCUUAUAGUGGGAUGAAUGGAUCAUCAACCCCCUCAUCCAACAAGCGUAUGAGGAUGGAAGAUGAGGAUGAGAAUGGUUCCCGCCCUUCUAGCCGGGGACAUGACGAAAGACCUGGCGGGGAUUCUGAGGGGGGUUUGAAGAGACGCAAGACGAUCCGUGAAGGCUCCACACCUGUCAUCGGCGGCGCAGGCUCUGCAUUCGACAGAAACGCGGAUGGACGCCUCAACCGCACACGGUCGGCAGUGCAGCCAACUCGGGCAGCGGGCAGGCGGUGA